GAAGGACCAGAACAAACCGACAAAUCUACAGUAUAGCUCUAAGUUUACUCGAAGUCCGCCUUAGAAACAAAAUAAUGGAAUUAUUCGCCAAAGAUAUCAAGAAGCCAAGGCACCCGUUGUUUUGCAAUAUUAAGAUUUUUGUCCUCUGCCAUGGCUUACUACAGCUGACCCAGCUGUUAUACAGUUCAUAUUUUAAAAGUACCAUCACAACCAUCGAACGGCGCUUUGGCCUUGACAGUCUCUCCUCAGGAACUAUCUCCUCCCUCCAUGAGGUUGGAAACACGGUCCUGAUCGUGUUUGUCAGUUAUUUUGGGAGCCGGGUCCAUCGUCCACGAUUCAUUGGAUUGGGUGGCCUAAUAAUGUCCAUCAGUGCUCUCAUCCUGUCCUUACCUCACUUCCUGUCACAGCCCUACAAAUAUGAUUCUGCUCUACAAGCGAGCAAUCCAGAUGUGUGUAGUGUCCACGCUGUGCGAGCAAACUCGUCUAACACGUGUGGCCAAGAAGAGUCUCAGAAACUGACAGAAACCAAUAACCUGUGGAUUCUCAUGGCGACGGCUCAGCUCCUGUUCGGAAUCGGUUCUGUCCCGAUCCAGCCUUUUGGCAUCUCCUACAUAGAUGACUUCGCCAGGCCUGGCAACUCUCCUCUCUACAUCGCCAUCCUCUUUGCCGUGUCUGUGUUUGGACCUGCGUUCGGCUACCUGCUGGGCUCUGUGGUACUGCGGAUGUACGUGGACAUAGACCGUGUCGGCCCCGGUGAGCCUCAGGAACUGAAUAUUGCUGACCCUCGUUGGGUGGGGGCGUGGUGGAUUGGUCUUCUGAUCUCUGCUGGGGGGUUGGCUCUCACCUCCCUUCCUUACUUCUUCUUUCCCAGAAACAUGCCAAUGGAGAACGCUGGUGAAAUGGAGGGCGGUGUUCUGAACAGUGACUGUAAAUCGUUGGACAGCUCCAUCCUGGAUUUCCUCAAAAUGUUUCCACGGAUGUUUGUGCAGUUGCUGCUGAAUCCACUCUUCCUCUUGCUGGUUCUGGCUCAGUGCUGUUUUUCUGCAGUCAUCGCUGGACUUGCCACUUUUCUCAACAAGUUCCUAGAGCGCCAGUACAGUGCCUCAGUUGCUUACAGCAGUUUGCUCAUAGGGGCAGUGAACCUACCUUCAGUUGCCGUGGGGAUGCUUUUGGGAGGUAUAAUCAUGAAACGUUUUGGGCUCUCUCUCAGAAUCAUCCCUCGCUUCUGUGUGAUCAUGCUCUCCAUCUCUACUCUCCUCUGUGUCCCCCUCUUCUUCAUGGGAUGCCCAACCCAAACUGUUGCCAACAUUUACCCUCAGGCUGACUCCAAAGGAUUUGUGUCCAAAUCCAAAUGCAAUUUUGCCUGUUCCUGCCCGGAGAGCAUCUUUAAUCCAGUGUGUGGAUCUGAUAAUAUUGAAUACAUCUCACCAUGCCAUGCUGGCUGCUCCAAUUUCACCAAGGACCCUAAAAACCCAAAUCGAGUCCAGUUCUACAAUAACUGCAGCUGCAUUCCUGAUGGUACUGCCCGCCAAGGACCCUGUGCCAACAGCUGCCCGCACUACCUCCUGCCAGCCAUGUUCCUCAUCUCCUUCGCUGGAUUUAUCGCCAGCCUCACACAUAACCCGAUCUACAUGAUGGUGCUCAGAACGGUGCCUCAAGAAGAGAAGUCCUUUGCCAUUGGUAUUCAGUUCUUGCUCAUGAGAGUACUCGCAUGGCUACCUGCUCCAGCUCUGUUUGGGAUGUCUAUUGACUCUGCAUGUAUCUGGUGGAAAAGCAUCUGUGGGAAAAAGCUAGGAUGUGGUUACUAUGACAACAAUGUCCUUAGAAACAGGUACUUGGGUCUUCAGGUAGGCUUUAAACUCAUGGGUAUAGCCCUGAUGGCUGUUACUGGGUGGAAGGUGAAGCGCAUGAGGGACUACAGUCUGGAGAAGAUACCUGACGGAGCUCUGUAAAGUCCGGACCCCCUCCCCACAUCCUUUGAGUGUAGGAAACACUUUUUUUCUGGGUCCACCAGAUUAACCUCAUGCCCCUCUUUCACUCCCGUUCUGGUGGAGAGUACACAGAGUGAAGACCAGUCUGGGUACCAGUUAAGGUGUUAAAAAUGAAGGAGAACACAAUAACUUCAUAAAGGGAACAACGGAGCCCAACAGAGGAGUCUCCAGUGCGGUUGUGACUUCUUUCAGAAUAUUAAAUUGCACACUACUUUAAUUAUCGUGUUCCUAAGCACCAUUUUCCACCCUGAUAAAAAAAAAAGACUAAGUCAUUUUCAUUUGGUCAGAAGCUUGCGAAGGUUCACUUAGACUGAGGGACUUGGAGCCAGUGUUUAUGCAGAUUUAAAUCAUAAAUUUGUUCUGAUUCAAUGAAAUGGUUGUCAGAGGUUUGUCAGAUGAUUUAUCUCUUAACUUUUCUCUGCUUUUAUUUCUUACCAGUCAUUCAGAGACCUACUCAUUGUCAAUGACUGGCCAAAUCACUUAAGUCUAAAAGUGAUUUUGACUGUUGUCCACACCUGUUACCCCUUACAAAUGUGUCUGGUGCUCUGUUAUAACAGGGCAUCUUCAAAGAAAAGGUGAAUACUUUGACUGAUCAUUUGUCUUUGAAUUACAAUUUUUUUUCAAAGCACAAUUGUUCACUGACAAGAAAUAACCAUGUUCUGUACCUCAAUCCAACUGCUGUGUUAUGCACCAUUUCUGUAAGACUGAUUAUGGAGCAUUUUUUUAUUAUAACUUUGUUCCACUGGCAAGUCAUUUGAAGGACAAGACCUGUGUGUCAUUCGGUGCUUAUUUGAGACUGCAUAGUUUUAGUCAAUUUAAAGCCCUCUGUUUGUGUGUUUGUGUGUGUUUAUCUGUGUUUUAGCCAAGAGGUCUGUGCUGUGAGGUUUCUAGUUGCAAAAGGCAAUUGGAAUUAUUGAGGAAGCUUAAUAUUUAAGUUCAUUCACACAUUUUUAAAAACAAUUUUACAUCAUGUAUAAAGACACUUUGUGUAUAGCAGUGAUUUAAGAUGUUUUGGACAAAAAGGUAUAUUUAUAUUACAGGACAUUGUUUUACAAUAAUCAUUAACAUAUUUGACAUGAACUGAUAACACAUUCAACAUUUAUAAAUGAUCAUAGCAACUGUACCUUUAUAAACUACUAUGUGGGGGUUAAUUAUAUUAUUUGAAAUUCAGGUAUAUGAUAUCAUCUGAAAUGCAAUACAUAACAUUUAUUACCCAAAACAUAAGUUAUUUCUGAUAAAAAAAA